AUGGAUAGACUGCAAAAAAUACGAGGCGAAGUAGAUCGCACAAAAGAUUUUACCCUAGAUACAUCGUCGCCGCCAAGCGAAGCGUAUAUAACUGCGGACGAAAGCUCGUCGAAAUUCUACUCAUUAACUGAAGAAGACUCCACGUUUAUCGUGUCUCCGACGAAGGAAGGUUCGUCGACCUCCAACGCAGAUGGCAGUCUUAAUGAGUCAAACUUAAUAUCGAACUUAUCGCCAAUACAGAAAACCAGCGAUAUAGAAAGUUUUAAGAUCGGAAAACAAAUCGAGGCAGCGAAUAUUUUAUCCGGUGGUGUAAAUAUAUUUGAUGAUAAUUCAUAUGAUGGUGACGAAUUAGUUAUUGACGAUAACGCUAUAAAUGACGGUAAAGAUACGAGAGUUGAUGAUGAUGGCGAUAUCACACAAAAGGGGGAUGAAGUGAUAGGCGUUUCUGAUGUAACAGAUGCUAUACCAAGUAAAGAGACAGAGGUAGUUCUUCAAAUCGAUGGAAAAAAUGUGGAUGCAAUUGAUAUUGGCAAUGGACUAUAUUUAUAUAGAAAGACAGGUGAAGAAGAGUUGGCUGCUGUGCAAAUAAUAGAUGAUGACCAGCAUCAGCCAAGUUUCAAAUUUCUCAAAGUGCGGGAAAAUGCUGAAGGAAACCUGGAAGUUUAUGAGGAAAUUGAAAUUGAAGUACCUAAAGAUGCUCCUUCCAAAGAAGAUGUUUCAAGUGGAGUCAACUCAAUAAUACCCACUAAGGACAGCGAUAAGAUAAUCAGUGAACCCUGCAGCAAUAACGUUAAAGAAAACAUCAAACUACCUUUACAAAAUGAUUUAUGUAUAAAGAAUACAGAAAGUAGAGAAGGAGAAAAGUCAAUUAAAGAUGUACAAGACAUAAAAUCGGAACUAAAUGUAAACGGUAAAACUAUGAAAUUCAGUGAGUCUCGUAAAUCACCUGUAAUUGGCACUUUUACUCCAAUGACAUUUCAUUCAACUCCUAAUAAAGAAGGCAGACCAUUAACAAAAAUCAUGGUGGAUCAACACUUUCAACCAAAUAGACAUUCAGAUAAUGUAAAGAAAACUAUUGAAGUUCACACUGAAAGUAGUAAACAAAAGUUGUCUGAUAGCAUAAAAAGUAAAGAAAAUGACACUAGAGUUGACAUUGCAGAUACUGAUAUUGCAGAGACUGUAAAUACUGUGUCUGAUAAUUUGAAAUCUUUUGAUGAGAAUAAAUUAGGCACAGAACUACAAAAUGUUGAUCCUCCUUUGACAGUUACUGAUAUAAAAGAUAAUAAAACAACUAUUACAACUAUUGACUUAGGAACAAAAGAAAAUAAUGCUUCAAAUGUGAUAAAUAAUAUCUCAGCACAAGAAGAACCCAUUAAAAAUGAAGUAAGCACUGAUCGCAAAAUACUACCUUUUAUUUUAACUGAAAAUUUACAAUGUUUAGAUAAUAAAGAAACUAAAUGCACAGAUGUAGAAGAAAUAUCAGAUAAUACCGAAACAGAUUGUGAUGAUAAGUUGGUAAUCGCCGAGGAUGCCUUUAUUGCAGAUGAGUUUGAUGAAAGCUACGAUAAAUGCGAUAAUUUAGCGUCUAACUAUUCAAAAAAGAAGGACGUAGAAAAAUGUUCAGAUUCAGGUAUCAUUGUAGAACCUUGUGAAAGUAGCAUUGAAAAAUCGGGUGAGGCAAAGGAGAGCGAAUUAGAACAAGAUAAAAUUGUUGCUGUUGAACCAACACUUAAACAGAACAACUGUGAGUCAGAGCAAUGCACAGUGGAAUCACCACAAAAAUUUAAAGAAAAUAAAUUAGGUCCAAUCAGAAUUAUAAGUGAUGUGAAAGAAUUGCAGGAAGUAAAAGGCAAUAAAGUGGAAGAAAUCAAGGAGACACCAAAAACUAAUGAAAUUUUGCAUUGUAAGGAAGAACAAUUAACAGCGGGUAAUCUAGCAAAAGAACAAAAAAAUAAUGAUGACAGAGUUGAUACAAAUGUUGAUGAUAAAGUUGUUACAUAUAAUGAUGAAAAAGUUGAUAUAAAACAUGACCUGGGUGCAGCUAAGGUGGAAAAUAGUGCUGAUAGUAACCCAACUGAAAAUCCAAAUACAACAAUAUCUACAGUUUCCCAAUCUGCCUGUGAAAAGAAAGAAUUAGUUAAUCACAACAAACAGGAUGAUUUUAACAUUGUAGCAAAAAAUCUAGAAUUGUUCAAUAAGGUUGAAAGUAUGAUGUCUCUGUCUAAGCCAAUAAGUGACAAUAAUGUACCUGUAAGUAACAAAAAUGAAAAACCGAUUAGUUUGAAGACUUCAAGUGAAGUAAAAGAAGACGUACGUAAAGAAAAGGGUGGCCAAGUACGCAUGUUAAAACCACCAAACCCAGUCGUUAAACCUGUUUCGUCAAAUAAGGUUCCUAUUGUAGAGAAAAAAAAUCCAGAAAAAGUAAAAUGUGCAGAUGAUAAAACUGUUACUAGUAAAGUUGGACCUGCAGUGCCUUUUGGAAAAUGGACUGAAGCGAAUAGACAAGAAUUUCUAAAUAAAAUAAAAGAAACGAAGGUGACUACUAAUAAUUCAAAUGCAAAGCAAAUAAAGCAGCCUAAUGAUCUUAAUAGAAGAGAUGUUCUAAAGAAAAUAGAUAGUCAACGUCAGUCAAAUAAUAUAAUAACAGCAAAAUAUCAAGAAAGUAAUGAAAGCAAUAAAGUUAUUGUUAAAACCAACACAGUAGCAUUUAAAAGUAGUUCUAAUAACAUAGACCCUGUUACAAGUGAACCUUUAAAGUCCAUAAAAAAUGAAGACGUGUGUUUGAAAGUCAAUACAAAUGCAAAGCAAGUUACAGUACUGUCCCAAUCUAAACAAGACCCAGCAUCCAUUAAUCAAAUACGACAAAGAAAAGAAAUCAACAAUCAAGAUCUUAUAGAUAAAACAAUUGAAGGUAUAAUAAACCGUGCUCUACCAGUUAAAAUUGGACAAGAAGAUAAACCAAAUGAGCCUAAUGCAAAGGAGACAAAUAAAAACUUAUAUAAUAGGGUCACACUUGAUGAUAUCGAACGCAAAAUGAACGAACUACAUGGUAUACCGUUCGUAGAGCGACCUGCCCACGAGUUGCCCGCGCUAGAAUCUAAAAUUAGUGAUAAUAGUAAUUUAAAAAUGACUCAAACUGAAAACGGAGUAAAUAUUUUAAAUAAACAACAUCAAAUCGUCAAAGACAGUGAAAAAGCAAGCGUAUCAGAUGAAGAAAUAAUUGAGCACGAGCCAAUUACUGGCGAUAUCGCCAUUUCUAACAAGGAUAAGACUAUCCCAGAAACAGCCGCGAGCGGGAGUAUGGGAACCGUAAAAGAAUCUAUUAUAACUGAAAAAGAGUUUGAUAAGUUUGCUAGGCGAAAUUCCGUGACGUAUGAGAACUGCCUUACGGUAAACUUCGAUAGAACGGAACCGCAUACUGUUAUAACAAAUAUUGUUACAAAAGACAUACCAGUUAAAAAAUUAUCACGAAAUGAAAUGAUGCUUGCAGAGUCAAAGGCUAAAUCUACUCACAAACAGCAGUCAAUGCGUUAUCACAAUCAUACAAGUAAAAUUCCGACUAUCACGAAGUCUAUGAAAGAAGAUGCAGCAAGCAAGAAUUACCAAUCCAAAGUUCAAAUUGCGUAUCAAUCCGCCUUGACCGCGAAGCGGCAGCAAGGACCUAUAUCCAUAAUAGAAGACAAACCUGAGAAAGUUGUAGGUUUAGACUCGUCCAAUGAUUUUGUUCCGACUGAGCUGAAUGUUCAGGGACGAGAAGUAUCUCCACUGAAAAACACAAAUGACAGUGUCCACAGUGCUUCCGAGUCUGUGGAUUCUGAUAUACUAGAGACCUAUAAUAAAGGACAGGAUAACAAAACUAAAAGUAAGCAUCAGAGAAAACAAGUUCUCACUCCUGUUGAGACUCCUGAGAUGGAGCUGAUUGAACCUAAUGAUUUAGGAAUAUCAAGCUCACCCAAGAAGAAACGUCGAAUAGACGAUAAAUCCGAUAAGAAAUCCAAAGCAGUUGUGCCAAAGAAAUCAUAUCUUCUUAACCGCAGCUUUGAAGGGGAUAAGCCUAAAUCCGAAGAUAGUGUAACUAAGUCUAAAACUGAAUUUAGCAAUAGUAGUGAACCCUUUGUAGUUCAUUCUGACCCGAUAUCUGCCAUCGAUAAUUUGGUUAAAGCAGCAGAACUACUUGAAACGCAGAGUAGUAAUAGGACUCUAAACCCUGUAGUAGAAGAUUCAAAUAAACAGGUAGAACAAAAUACACCAGUCAAAAGAGGUAGAGGUCGUCCGAGGAAAUAUCCAUUAUCUGGAUCUGAAUCAACUACAAGUAAAACACAAAGCCCACAGAAAAACACAAGAUCUCAUGAAAACAAAUCAAACACGUCGCAGACAGAAUCAAGUGAAGACAGUAGUGAUGAUGAAAUGAUAAGAGAAAACUGGACCAUGGGAAAGAUAAAUGAAAAUAUAGUAUGUCCCAUUUGCAAUAAAUUGUUCCGGUCAGAAAAUGUCGUGUUUAAACACGUAAAGCACUGCACGGGACCAUCUCCUAACAGAUCUGACUCAGAUAAACGAACUUCCCGCAGAUUGCGACGUUUAGGGGACCCGAAAAGAUCUAUAUCUAUAGAUAGCAAAUCUGAAGAUUUUGAUUCAGAUGAAGAAAUUGUCGCACCGCGAAAACGUAGAUCCAGAGAUACCAAGCCGACAUCAAAACGAGAAGAAGAAAGUGAAAAUAAAGUAAAAAUCGACAUUACAGACAACUUUAAGGACGUUAGUCAGUACGAAUUAAAAAAAUCUACAAAGAUUAAAAUCGACAAUUUAGUUUGCGAGUUGUGUGGAAAAACAUUUCGUCAACUGUCCUAUUUGCUAAGUCACAAACUACAACACACAAGCGAGAAGGAAAAAGAGGAUAAAAUGGACAAGAAUGUUUUUAGUUGUGAAGUUUGUAAAAAAGAAUUUAGAAUGUUACAUCACUUAGUUCAACAUCGCUCUAUUCACGAUCCAAAGGUAAUGUCCUCAAGGUUGAGCAGAAAGAGCUCUUCAGAAAAUAAUGAAAACAAAAAUAACAAGACUUCAACCCAGGUAAAGGAGGCUGUGGACCACAGUGCAGGUUUUCGAUGUGAGCCAUGUGAUAAAUCGUUCAGAAAGCUGCACCAUUUGGUUGAGCACAGGGAAACGCAUGACGGCAUCAACAAAAAGGUCAUACCUCAAAGCGCAGAAGACUCAUCACCAAAAACACCAUCGUUUCAUCAAUGUGAUAUAUGCAAGAAGACGUUCAAGAAAUUACAACAUUUAAUGGAACAUAAGGACCAACAUUUAGAAACAAGUUCUGAAAAGUCUGAUGACAAGAGUGUUCAGAGUUCGCUCUCCACCCGCGACAUUAUACACGAAUGUUCACUCUGUUACAUGGUGUUUCCAAAUGAGCACUCGCUGAACAAACACUUUGUUAUAUGCCAGCGAAAGAAGAAACAGUCGGCGGCAAAGCGAGUCAAAAUUAAGGAAAAUCUUACUGACGACACUAAGGACGACGUUGAGAAUGAGUCUGAAGUGCCACAAGAUGUACAAUUAGAAUGUGAAUCUAUACAAACGCCACCGAAUCAGGAAACGAAACCUUCAGAAAUCGAGGAUAUAGAAUCAAAACCAGAAGCAAUAAAACAGCCUUCGCCCGAUCCAUCUGAUAAAAAACUAGAUAUAAAAGAUGAAAUCCUAGUCGAGGAUUCCGAUAAGAGCGAUGACCUGCCUCUUAUUACAAAGAAAAUCCAACUUACUUCUAAACGUCCUAAGUUUAUUGAAAAAGCGCCCGAGAUCAAGCAAGAGAUAAUUGAAACUAUUGUAAUACCAGAUACGCCGACACCUAAGAAACGAACCGCGGGUAAAGACAAGGGAUUAGGGAUCGCGGUUACAAAGAAACAGAGAACCCAUAGUGCACUAGGUCCAAUAGUUGAAGAGAGUAAAUCUGUCGAUUCGAGUGACGAUGAUGACGUAAGAUACAUGCUGAACCCAGACUACCAAGAAGAUACACUAGAAGAGAAAUUCAUGAAGGUCAGAGCUGAGAAACGCAGUUCCUUACAAAUAGAGAGACCUAGUUCGAAAGACUUAGUUAAACGUAGAAUCUCAUUGCAACACCCGCCAAAGAUUCCGCGUCUCAAAGCGAAGGCACUCGAAAGCAAACCGGUACUGGCCUCUGUCAAGAAACCCAAAAGCAUCGUUCUAGAGGCGAUCGCUUCCACGGAUUCGGACGAUAGCGACGUCAAAUAUUCCUUCCCGAAAACUGCUGUAGAGAAAACUUCUCCAAAGAUAGUAGAGAAGUUUAAACGGAAGUCUGUGGUCGAAAAGCAAAAGUCUCUUCCCGGCAUUGCGAAGAGGAAAUCUCUAGGAAAACCAAAAUUAAAUUCUCCUCCUCCUGUCAAGACUGUUAGAAAACGUGCAGCAAUAGAGCAUAGAUGCGACUGUGGACAACUAUUCAGCAGCGCGGCACUUCUGUCGCGGCACACGACCCUCGCCCAUACGCCGCCGCGAAUACGAAAGCGUCGUUCCCCACCUCCGGACAACACAAAGGCAAAGCAAACUAAAACCCUUAAAAAGACACCUACAAUAGCACAAAAAGCGCGAGUCAUUCAGAAGCAAAGCCGUAGUCCCAUUCAUAAAAUAACCAGAAAGUCUAGUAAUAGCGACAAAGUCGAAUCGAAGAGUGAAGCGCGUAGGACGUCGACUCAAAGAGGCCAAGCUCCAGAUAAGCGGAGAACUAAUAAAACUUAA